UUUUUUUACUCACUUGCCAAACAGAGCCCCAACAAGAGACCCUUAGAUGCAAACCCUGAAAAUUCUCUUCUCCCCACAACUCCAUUCAUCAUCAUCAUCAUCAUCAACGCCACCAAGUAGCCACCAUAAUUGAGGAAAGAAACACCAAACCCUCUAUAUUCAUAGAUUUGUCGGUGAAUUUGGAUUUUGUCCCUCCUCUCUCUCUCUCUCUCUCUCUCCAUGGAAUUCGACGACGGAGCUCGCGAAAGGUGACACCUUUCCUCUUCCUUCAGAUUAGAUGAACGCUCAAUCAGACCAAGAACCACUCUGAUUCGAGCUCCGUCACUUCCUCUGUUCUCACCUCCAGACAGAGAGAGAGAGAGAGAGAGAUUUGUUGUCCCCCAUCCUUUUUCUUGGUGGUUUAGAUGAUGGUGGAGGAGGAAGCGGUUUCAGGGAUCGCCGGUGAAGAAAGCCCGGCGGCGAAGAAGAGGGGGUUGAACGGCAGGGAGAGGCCGUACAAGGGGAUAAGAAUGAGGAAAUGGGGCAAAUGGGUGGCCGAGAUUCGGGAGCCCAACAAGAGGUCUAGGAUUUGGCUCGGGUCCUACUCGACGCCGGUCGCCGCGGCGAGGGCCUAUGACACGGCGGUGUUCUACCUCCGCGGCCCCACGGCUCGGCUCAACUUCCCGGAGUUCCUGGCGGCCGCGGCGGAGGGGGGCGGCGACGGCGGCUGCGGCGACAUGACGGCUGCCUUCAUAAGGAAGAAGGCGACCGAGGUCGGCGCGAGCGUGGACGCAGCGCUCAACGGUGGCGGCCACGGAUCGGUGCUCAAGAAUGGCGGGCCGGGUCUGGGUCACGAGUACAAGGGCUGUGGUGGGUUCUUGCAGAGGUUGGUGGAUUUGAACAAGGUGCCGGAGCCUGAGGACUCGGAUGGUGAAUUCGAGAAAGUUUAGGGGGGAAAUUGGGGAUAAAAAAAAAGUGGUCCUGAUCACGUCCUGUUUCUGUUUCUCUCUCUCUCCCUCUGGCGGUGUUUGGAGGAGGGUGGUGACGGUGGUGGCUGAAGAAUGAUGAGGCCUAAGUGGGGUUAGUCUUUACUGUCCUUUUUUGUUUAGCUUUUGAUCUGUUUCUCUCUCUCUCUCUCUUUCCCCUCUCGAAUUUUUGGAUUUGGAUCAAGAAAUUUUGAUGCUGUAAAAAAAGGGCCAAUAGCUAAUCAAAUUGAAUUAUUAUCAAAAACAGAACUUUCCCCCUUCGCUCCAAUUAAAUCUUGCCUUUCCUCGGCUCAAUCUGUUCAAACCAAAAGA